AUGACAUUGAAAGCAAACCCAAAAAUGCUGGAUCAAAUGCAGUAUUGUGAGGAACAGAAAAUUCCACUGGCUAUAAUUGUUGGUGAACGUGAACUAGAAGAAGGCAUUUUGAAAAUCAGAGACGUGCCGACACGUAUUGAAGAGGUUUCGUAUUUGUUUAUGAAUUUGAGUUCCAAUUUCAAUUUGCUCAAAUGA